AUUAUAUACGUCUGUUGUUUGGAUACUACGUCAUUGUAUUGAGACUACUAAGCAAUAGCAAAACACAGACAUCAACAUGGCCGAUCACUGUUUUGUGAAUAUGGAUGAAACCAUGACGCAUUCGGAAGGCUAACGUCGCCAAUCCUAACGGAAUAUCUUUGGAAUUUUUACGCGAAAGUGGUGCAAGAGAGGAAUAUUUGCUUGAUCAUGGGGCAGAAAGUGAGUUCUAGUCCUAGGACGGUAUAUGGUGCCGGAGUUGGUGGGCCUGACUCGCCUGGUGGUUCAACAGCCAGUGGCGGGUAUCUCUCUAUCGGUAACUCCAACGGACAUCACAAUGGAGCCCGUCUUUAUACGAGCGCAUCCUCGUCUACAAAUGGACAAAGAAAUCGUGCUCGGUCUUUAGGCAGCACGAGUACUCAUUCAAAUGGACAAGCGAUGAAUAUACCAGGGGGGUCAGGGGCAAGUAGAGGCCCCGACUCGGACCCUAGUUCAUCAGAGAACAGUGCCCCUAGCUCGGGGUCGGGAGGGGGCAGCGGCAGUGGUAGUAGUACCAGUGGUGCAAGUGGAUCAGGGGGUGGGGGAGGAAGGAGUAGGGGAAGAAGUUUCCCUUUCCAUGCUCAGUCUCUACCUACACAUCUAUUUGCUCCGGCUUUAUUACAAGGUAUCAAAUGUCCAGUAUGUUCCAAGUUUGUUGGUGCCGAUAAUAUUGAACUUCAUCUGCUUGCCUGCCUCACUAAACCCAGGAUUGUAUAUAAUGAAGAUGUACUAACAUUAGACUCAGGGGAAUGUGUAAUAUGCCUAGAAGAUAUGCUACAAGGGGACACCAUAGCAAGACUGCCAUGCCUUUGUAUCUAUCACAAAAGUUGUAUCGACAGUUGGUUUGAGAGGAAUCGAUCAUGUCCGGAGCACCCGAAUGACUAGCAGCGGAGUGUGUGUGUGAAUCGCAAUUAAACCUAUACUCAUCAACUCGUCUCGAGUCCAAUUGAGGCCUUUCGGAAUCAACCUUCGUCAUCUUCCAACUCCCUUAGAAGUGAAUAAUGAGGGCGCUCUACAUCUAGUCUUUUUGAUACCAGGCUCUCUCUCCGAAGUAGCUCUUUAACCCAACUCAUAGUACAAGUUGCAGAUUGUGAAGUAUAUUUAUAGACGCUUUCUUGAAUCGGCAUAGCUGCACUGAAUGGAAUAGAUGAAAGUGUUGAUGCUUAUUUAAUUCAUGGCAGAAGAUGUGCGAAUUCAUUUCAUCUGAAGUUGGCCAUGCCUCAGUUUUGUUUCAAUAUGAAAUAGUUCAUAGUGCAAUGAGACCAUGUGGAUGUUAUCAUCAUCGUUUGAAAUCGACCAUCCUCUUGUUGCCAUGGAUAUGUGCUUGGAGGAGCAGUUAUGAUAAAGAAGAGCGUUGCUUUACACAGAAGAAAGCCAAACUGAUGAGAGAGAGAGAGAACCCUAAAUAACCUGUAUAUAAUUCUUAUAGUCAGAAUGAUGCACAAACUGGAAAUACAUCCAUCUCUACAAACUCUCUGAGAUAAAAGAUGGAACCCUUUUGUAUGUAGACACAGAUGCCAUGUAAAAGUGAAGCGGUUGCUACUGUGUGAAGUAUAUAUAUUUUUUCAAGCUGCGAUCGACCAAGAACACUGUGGUGUUGGAGUAUUAUGGAGUGGAUGUGAAAUCACUAUGGAAUGACAAUCUCAUCGUUACCAUGGAAACCGCCUCAUGUCUGUGGAUUUAAUCUGGAUAACCUGUCACUUUGGAAGCUAAUGCGUGCGUGCUGUCUGUGUUUCCUGCUGGUUAAAUGGAAUUAGGGCUUUAUCCAGGGUGUCUCCGAGAUGUUCCCUACGGAGAUAUAUUCCAAAGGAGACAAGCCAAAGGGAUACACCUCAACUGCUUCUGUGGAACUACCGUCUUCAGAACUGACACCGUAGCAUCUGUUAGCGUAAUGGAAUAAAUGUCAAUCUGCCGUAGGGCAAACCACUUGGUAAUGUGCAAGGAUUUCUUAUCACAUGUGUCCAAAUGUUUGUUGAAUUUGUUACCAUCAUGAUUUUCCAAUAUUUGUUCAUAGAGGACUAAGUACUGUCAAUUAUCAUAAUUCUCAAAGCAUCGUUAGAGCAUUUUAUUAUCAUACAGAAUUUUUUUUUCUGUGCAAAAAUGUAUGGACUCUCAAAAUGCCCUUGGAAAAUGGUAAAGGUACUCAUGAAACUGUAUUUUGAGGAAGACAAUUUCGCACAAGUGAUCUGAUAUGAACAAAGAGUUUUUAUGAUUAAUUAUUUUUUAUGAUGUGGGAGAAAUCACCAUGCAAUAUUGGCACUCAGUUUUCAGCCCCAAUGGCUUGUUUAAUUAAUACGACCAAUUAACCUGCGUAGCUUUGGAAAUCACUUUCAGUCUCCAUCCUUAAUUCAGUUUCAAUCCAGUAGUUCUGAACUUGUAACAACAAGUAGCAUGAAAUGUACGGUAAUAGCAUUUUUAGUUUCACAUUAUGAAGCCUUUUUGAAAGCAGCACUCAGACAGUUAUAUCUUUGUGUGUAUUUUUGGAGGUGAUUUUCAAACUUAUUUGUUUGAACAGAUCGACCUCAGAAACCAUCUUUAUGUUAAUACAAUGCUGUUAUCCCACCAUACAACAUGUGAAUGGGGUACUAUAGUGAAGCUUGAGUUGAUAUCUACAGACUGAAUCCGAUAUUGCUAGUCUAGUAAAGUACUUCCUGUUCAAUCAUGGUAUCUAUUCAAUGAAGCAUGCAUGUAAACUUGUGUUGUCAACAAGCCCUAACAGAAGACAACGUAUCACCUUUAUAAAAAAUAACAUUUCACUCUUUUUAUGGAUGUUAUUCCUCGUUGAAGAUGAUUUUAAUUUACAUUUUGGUAAUCCCCAGACCUAAUUUGUUUAAUUUUCCAUCUAUCUUUUGCUUUGGAUGUUUUCAAAGUUAUUCUUGAAAAAAUAAAAUUGGCAAUUAAAAAAAAUGAAGAUUUGAUAUAAAGCACAAAUUUUUUGGUUAGCUUCUACCUAGCAUUUUAAAUGUAGAUUAACUAUAAUACUGAGAGAAGCAGAUACAGAAAUAAGUGUUUAGAGCAGAUCAGAAUUGAUUGACCUAGAUCAAAAUAAGCUCUGACAUAAUUUUCUCUGUUUUGGAAAUUGUCAAGCGAAACAGGCUUUUUCACCCCCUCAGCUAUUUUGAUAGACUCUGACCUUAAUUCCAGCCUGAGUAGGAAGAUAGAGAUAAUUCUUGUUAGAAUUACAAGUGAGAAAUGGGUAGCAUAUGAUGAUUGGUAGGCGAGCGAUCGUCUAUGCGCUGAUGCAUGAAGGGGAAAAUAAUCACCUACCACUAACAGCACGCCCACUCACGCACGAGUUGCUAAGUAACCAGGCGAAAACAAUAAGUAUGCAAACGUUGUGUAUUAAUGUCGCGAGCACACAUCUGCCCGAUAGCACAUUAGCAUCUUCAUGAAUAUUUGAUGAGUUUGUGAGGACGAUAUAUAAGGAGUCUCCGUGGCUCCGUGCAAUCAACUCAUACCCGUACUAAAUUUAAUUUGCUCUUGAAAAUUUGAUGAGACAAAAUAUGGAGAAGACAUGAGGAUGGUAUAAGGAUGGAGGCGAAAGAGUAGGGAGAAUUUAGAAUCAAAAUACUUUCCAGUUUUGCAAAGCGGAAUGUGAUGCAUGAGGGUAUUUUUGUUUCAGACUUAAAACUGCAUUUUGCUUUUAGAGACAUGUAAGUCUCUUGGACGGAGCUCAUUUAGGCUUGAUAAAUAACAACCCCUUUCAAUAGUGAGGAUGGUUCCGGUGUUGACAAGUUAGUUCUCAAAAAGUUCACUCACGUGGGAAAUAAUUUGUUUUCUUCUAAUUUGUUAAUUUGCAGUUAAAGUCCGAUU